CCGUCUCCAGUUAUGUUCAGAACUGAAAUGUUAGGUAAAAGUGGCUCUCGCAGUUUGCUCAAGAUAGUUAAAAAUACUUAAAUAUAUUGUGUUAAAUCGUCUGCAAUUGUUCCCCAACAUGCUGGAUCUAAUGUGCAGAUCUACAUCGGUAAAUCAAAAUCAAGUCUGAAGAAAAACCUAGAGAAGCAUCCGGAAACAAAUUCAUAUAAAUCAGUAGAGCAAAACCAAGGAAAUGAGCGGUCGCGGCAGCCGUAAACGUGGUCGACCGCCAAAGACGCCCAACGAGCGCGCUUCAGGACGCUUCAGUUACCAACUGCUCAAGAAGCCAAAGUAUCUUAGCGAGGGAAAGUCACAGCCCAGUACUCCGUCGGCCUCCAGAGGUAUUUCUCCGCAAAGUGACGAGGGCAGCCGGAGCAGCCACAACAAUCACAACCGCAGUCGCGGUAGUGCGGCGAAGAGGGGACGCGGUCGCAAAUCCACUGUGCAACCCAACACCAGCAGCUAUUCCGGAAGAAAAGGUUACGAGUCGGAAUACCACUACGGCUCAGAUUUUGGAGAUUCCGAAGAAGAUAAAUCAGAUAAUGAAGAUGACAUGCUACUUACUCCUAGUGACGAAGAGAGCCUGGAAGCAGCAAACGAGAGCGAAUCGGAGUUUUCCGUAUGUAGUUUUAACCAAAAUGGAGUAGGUCGGCCUCCACGGCCUCCUAGCCCGGAACCCGUCUGGCUGCAGGAAGGGCGGCAAUAUGCACCUCUAGAAUUGCCCGAUUCAUCGGAGGAUCUAACCGUAGCUAAUGCCUACGUAUUAAGAGCUCUUAGUAUCUAUGAAGUACUGCGACGUUUUCGCCACUUGGUGCGCCUUUCGCCAUUUCGAUUUGAAGACUUUUGUGCAGCACUAAGUUGUGAGGAGCAAAGUGCUUUACUGACGGACGUGCAUAUAAUGCUGCUAAAGGCGAUCUUACGAGAAGAGGACGCACAGGGUACUCAUUUUGGUCCGCUGGAUCAAAAAGACACUGUAAAUAUAAGCCUUUAUCUGAUUGAUGCUUUAACGUGGCCGGAAGUUUUGCGAAGCUAUGUGGAAAGUGACAGAACUUUUGAUCGCAACGUGUUUCAUAUAUUAAGCCAAACUGAAUAUCCGUACACGAGCAUUGACAGCCGACUUGAAGUGCUCCAGUUUCUGACAGAUCAAUUUUUAACUGCCAAUUCUGUUCGCGAUGUAAUGUUGCAUGAAGGGCCCAUUCAUUAUGAUGACCAUUGCCGCGUAUGCCAUCGCCUUGGUGAUUUGUUAUGCUGCGAAACAUGUCCUGCUGUCUAUCAUUUGGAGUGCGUAGAUCCACCGAUGAAUGAUGUACCUACUGAAGAUUGGCAGUGCGGACUUUGCCGUUCACAUAAAGUCAGUGGUGUAGUGGACUGCGUGUUGCCGCAGGAAAAACAAGGCGUGCUUAUUCGACAUGACAGCCUUGGUGUUGAUCGUCAUGGUCGCAAGUAUUGGUUUAUUGUGCGUCGCAUUUUUGUUGAAGAUCAGGAAGGCUCCACUUGCUGGUACUACAGUACGACAAGUAAGUUAAAAUUACUAAUUAAUCGCAUGGACGCCGAAGAACUGGAAUCGCGACUGCAUGGCCAAAUAAUAGAACGCAGAGACGAAAUCGAGCGCCAAAUGAAAUUGACUGAGACCCUAACUAAUGAGCACAAACAUACCAAACGAAGUUUUAUAGAAAUGGAACAAGAGGCUACAAAUGAACUAAUCGAAAAAGAAGUACUUGAUGAGGAAGCUGAUGCCAAAUCUGAUAGCCAUUCCGUGGAGGGAAUAAAAAAACAGGAAGAAACCAAAAUGAUUACUCGGCAAAAGUCAAAUCAGCUAAGUAAUGGAACGCUGCAUUUCAAACUUGGUAUGGACCAAGGGUUUAAAAAUUACGUUAAUCAGUAUUCAACAAAUCCGAUUGCACUGAACAAGCCCCAACGGAACGAGGAGCGGGAUAAGCGGCGUCAUCUGUCCCACAAGUUUUCUUUAACGACUGCAUCCGACUUUAAAUGGAUAGGUAUAACCAUGGGAACCACCGAGAAUAUGAUUACAACGCUUAGGCAAACGUUGAUAAACUUCGAAUCCAACAUAGCUGCUCCUUUUUUAAAUACUAACUGGACGAUUAACAAAAAAAUUUGGAAUGCAGCUGUAAUGAACGCACGUCGAGCAUCUGAUUUUGCGGCCGUAUUGUUGCUGUUUCAAUCGUCCCUUAAGAGCGUUGUGUUUGCCAACGUUUGGCACGAGCAACUGGGUCACACAACUUUAAAACGCAUAACUAGUGCCGAACGAGAGGAGCGAAAAAAACUUGAAAAGCGAGAAAAACGUGAACGGGAUGACGAGGAAGAACGGAAUCGCCUAGCAUUCAAUUACAUUAAAUAUACAUUGGGUCUCAAGCAUCAAGUGUGGAAGCAAAAAGGAGAAGAAUACCGUGUUCACGGACAGUGGGGCUGGCUUUGGCUCUCUAGCAGUCGACGCUGUGGUGUUCGUUCACGACGAGUUCAGCCAAUGGUACAUACUAGAGUCUACGUACAUUACAGCAUGGGUGAUGAAAAUGACGUAAAUGAAGUUGUAUUAGUCGAUCCACGCACUCAGCGUUUUAUGCAGCAAUGCGAGUCAACCAAUAUCGGUGGUCAGGUGUGCCAUUAUUUACCGGAACAAUUUAAAAAUGUAAAAGUUAUACAAGAUGUGGGAGAGAAAAUCAAGGGGCAAAUCGAUGUUAGCAAAGCGCUAAAUUCUCCAGGUCGUAUUUAUUUUCCGAAAGUAGCUCGAAAAUGUCGAUUAGAUGAUCUUUUGGAUCGCCGUAUGAAAUUGGCAGAGAUUGAGGAGCAGAUGGCUUCUAAGGUUUCUACAGACAUGAAGCCGCUUGUUAUUUCGUCCCAAAUUGUUUCACCCAAUAGCACACAAACAAAUUUAGAGAAGCGUUUACUUCGGCUUACUGAAGGCCCAGCGAAAGGAGGACCUGCAAACGUAAACCUGGAACUCGUUAAUUCGCUGGCCAAACAAAUUCAAACAGUUCGAUUACAAUUUAGUCAACUUAACCGCUUUGCUAAGAUAUUUCGUUGUUAUACAAAAGAGUGUAAUACAAAUUCAAAUGCUGUAUCUCAAAUAACUCAAAAUACUUGCUAUUCGCCGUUGUGCCUCCAAAAGGCGCGGGCAAAGAAAGAACUUUUAUUGUUAUUAAGGAAGGCGCAUACUGCCGGAAAUGGAUCUAAAGAGACUGUUGCUGCUAUAUUGGGAGCUGUAAAAAAGCCAUCUAUUCUCGAGCAAAAGCUCACUGAGGGUAAAAGAGAAUCCAGUCAGCUAGCGACCGAUGAUUCCGAAGAAGGGAAACCAGCUGAAUCCGAAGCACCAUUGGACUUACUGCAAGAUUGGGAACAUGCUCGUUCCCACGCUGUUCAAUUUAGCGAAUCUUUAUUGACCGAAUGCAUGCUUGUUGAUCAAGGGUGCUCUACUAAUACAAGAAUUAAAGAAGAAGAUAAUCCAAGUGCCGGAUGCAAUACAAAUACCGACUCGAAUACUCAAGACUCCGAUAAAAUGGACUAUAUCGAGAGUAUGGACGUUUGCAGCAAUGUUGAAAUUGAAAGUACCGAAGAUUCUAUUGCAGCUGGCUUAAACUCGGCAUGCUCGGGAGGUAAUGCUGAAGAUGUCGAUACGACACCCGGAUGGCGGCGAAAACGAAAUCAGAAAUCUAAAAAAACAUAUAUUGGUACGAAAGAUGUGUUGGAUCAAACGUUAGACAAGGACAUACCACUUAACAAGCAAAACCGCAGAUUUCCUAUAACUGCACGUCCAGUAAAACGUGAAUGCGUGAAAAAGUAUGAACGGGAGUAUUUUGAAAACGGAACGGAGCGUGUAUAUUCAUGUAAUUCACCUCGGGGUCGUGUUUACCUUCUUAUUGACGCAGCCAAAUUGUACGAACAAGCUGAAAUAGCUGAGGAUAAAAAAACGAUUUCCAAAAAACCGUCAUACUCACGAUACCCUCUCAUUUCCAAUUUUCUUACUCAUAAAAAGAAACGCAGCCUAUUGGUGCUUCCGCGUUUCGAGCUUCUUAAGCUGGCACGUCUGGGAGGAAAAUCAUCCACUAAUGGUUUUCAUCAUGCGGCAAAAAAUAACACAAUCUGGCAAUAUCAGUGCUCGCGUCCUCUCUUCCGAACGUGUUGGUCCUAUCGCACAUCUAACGCCACCUCGUUAUCAAGCCUAGCACUUCAACUACGAAUACUAUGGUCGUGCCUCCGUUGGGACGACAUGAUAGCAAAACCCCCAACUGCGGAUGGGAAACAUCAGGUUACGACUGAAACUGAAAUUGUCACUUUAGAAUUGCUAAGACUUCGACAUGCAGGCCGCUAUGGCGAAAAAACAAGCUACUUGCGACGAAAAGUUGUCAUCCCCCUUGAAAUGCCUAAGACUAUAAGAGAAGUAACAUCCAUAAGAUCUGGACUGCGAAAACGAAAGCGCGCUGAGUCUCCCCAGCCAACUGAGCCACAAAUUAGCGAGGAAUGGGUCGAUGAAGAUAAAUUGGAAUUGUGGGAAAUCAAAUUUAUUGGAGAAAAGCAGGAAAAGGCACGCCUAUCAGCGGUAACGCGAUCGGUAGCAUCUCGUCAAUUGGAGACAAAUAGUAAUAAUGGCCCAAGCACUUCAACUAAUGGAACUCCUGCUGGCGCUGGUCGCGUCCAAUUAGCACCAAAAUCUAAUGACGAUGUUAAGGAAAAAAUGGAACAACAAUUAAAAUUGCAACGCGCUGUUCACCAACAGAGGAAACUGGUUGGCGAAGUCACCCGCUCUGUUACCCCGGUUAAGGGCCAAGUUAUUGGUAGCAGGCGUGUUAUUGUUAAAAAUCCUGACGGCACAACGCGUAUCAUUCAGCAAGCAGUUACGCAGGUUUCACGAGCAGGGACAGCUAACACGCCAACUGCUUCGCCAUCUGUUGCAAGCUCGUCAAAUACUCAGUCUAAUCCAUCCGCACCUACACCACAUAAAGUACAAAUUAUUAGGGGGCCAGAUGGCAAAGUGAGCGUACGUGGAUUAAAUCCUGGGCAGCAGCUAGUUCAAAUGCCAGAUGGGAAAUUGCAUGUGCUGACUACAACCUCUUCUUCAAACGCAACGGCGCAAGGAAACAAAAUUAAAGUUCCCAUUAAGCCAACUUCUACUCCGUCAUUACCAGCUGUAACUCCAGUACAGACUACUGCAAAUCCGGUAACGCCUGUUAUAAAACAAAUUGCUGUUAAACAUGUUCCCAAAAAUACUGGUACUCAAUCUAUAGCAUCGUCUUCGCGCGUUGCUUUACCGCUUGCUCAAAUUAAGAAUAAAUUGUUGCUGGCACAACAGCAGCAGCAAGCGACUUCAACAACAAACUCAUCGCCAUCCGUGCAAAAGAUAGUGUCAAAAGUAAUUAACACAGGUGCCUCUGGGCAAAACCUGCAGCAGGUUUUCGUACAGUCCGGGUCAAAAUUAAUGGUAGGCCAAAAUGCACAAGGGCAAAAGGUCAUCAUAUCGACUUCGUCUCCACAACAACAAGGAUCAUCACCAGUUCAACAACAACAAAUUGUGCAAUCUCAAGUUAUUUCACAGCCAAUUCAACAGUCACCACAGCAGCAAAUCUCAAUGUCACCGGUUGGAAGUCAACCAACGCAAAAAGUAAUUCAGCAAAUUGUUAACACUAGCAACGUGCAACAGCAUAUCGUUGUUGGUGGCCAACGAAUAAUUUUAAGCCCUGGCCAAACUAUUGUUACUCAGAGGAAUGUGCCACAGAGUCAAGCGUUGCAAAUGGUUCAACAGCAGAUUCAAACUCAGCAACAGCAGCAGCAGCAGCAACAACAUAUUGUUCAACCUCAGACCCAAUUUGUUCUCCAAUCGAACCAGAUUGUUCAAUCCCCGCCAAGUACGCAAACAAAGCUAGUUAAGCAACUCGUGGUUCAACCACAAUCCCAACAAACAAUUGAAGAGGAAACGCAAGUUACCACUGCUGAUGUCAAUGAAACAGGCACGCAACAAGUUUUAGUUCCAAAUUCUACUUUAGCCCAGCAAUUAGCACAAGGCAAGCUACAGGUUGCCACUGUGAAUGGCCAACAAGUCAUUGUAAAACCGCUAGGGAAUAAUCAGGCUCAAAUAGUAGCACAUAUAAAACACCAAGGCGAUGGGAACGCUCAUAUCGUCACAAGUAAUUCAGCCACUGCAGUGGCGCAAGCAAGUCCACAAACCUCACCAGUUAAACAGCAGGCUAUUCAAUUACAAAGUCCCCAUCAGGUCGUCCAGCAGCAGCAAAUUCCUCAACAGUCAACCACAAACUACGAAAGCACCGUAACCUCAGUAUCUCAACAGUCCGUUGUUGCCCAGACAGUCCAGGGACAAACUCAACAGCAACCGUUGAGUGUUGAGGAAAGUCUUCUUCAAAACCAGCCUCCUGGAACAGUUAUUAAAUGUGUUACCGCCCAAGUAUUGCAAACCGAGCAUGGGCCACGUAUAGUAUUGCAAGGCUUGGUGGGCAACGAUUUCACAGCUCAACAAUUGCAAUUGGUGCAAACUCAGGUGAAGCAGCAAUUAAUGAAGGCUCAAGAAUCAAAUGGCAAGCUAGGUGUUCUGGGACCAACAAAAAUCUAUUUGGCGGUCCAGCCGGAAACGACGGCUCAAUCACAACCUCCUCCACUUACUCCAGUACACCAAUCGGCUACGCAUCAGCAAGUUGGUGGAGGCGUAUCAAUUGCUUGUAUGGUGAAUUCGAAUUAUAUUUUGCAUGAAACGCAAGAAGAUGAUUAUGAUGAUGAAAUUAUCGUCGUAUGCAGUCCUCCAAAUCAAAUUUUACCCACAACCCCAAAUGAAGUAACUCAAGGUAGAAUUUCAAUAAGUGAUUUUCCGUGCCACACCAACAUUAGUUUUGAAGAUCAAGACAAUAAUGAGCAGCAUCGCCUAAAAUAUGAAUGUGAAGACCUUAAACGAUGUUCAUUGCAGACCAACAACAUCGACAACGACGCCAAUGCGCUAACAACUUACGAAGCCAAUCCAACUAUUAGAAUAAAUUCCAUAAACAAUGGAAAUGAGCAGGAACAUCAUAGAAAAUGUGCAGAAACAGAAAAAUCUAAUAUUACAAUUAACAAGUCCUUUGUCGGUACACCUCCCCUAUUGGAGGUCUUACAGCAUAAAGAAACAGCAGAUCAUAACGAAUUCGUUUCCACAGAACCAGACUUAGAAAAUAAACAAAGUGAAAGCUUUGUUGUCACCAGCGGCUAUAUACAGGACUCUAUUUCAAAUGCUCUUAAACAAGGUAAUCUGAGCCCGGAGCUUGAAGAAAAACUUGUUCAUAUGCAAAAGCAACAAGAAAAUGCUAGUUCCAAAUGUGAAGAUGAGUGGGAACUGUGCUCGAGAGGAAGUGCAAACGACGAAGGUUUUACACCAAAUCGCCGCAGCUUUUUAUUACGUGAUCACAGCACAGAUGAUGUCGACUGGAAAAUUAGAACUUCGUUAAGACGACCAAAUGCUUUGACAAGUAACCCAUUUAAUCGCAUUUUAAAAAGAAAUCGCAAGCAGAAUGAAGAAAUGGCAGAACUAGGAGAGCAAAAGCAAUCGCAGUUGGAACGGCAUAAGGAGCUGCUUAAAAAAAGUAUUUUGCGUAAGCGUUCAUUAUUGGAACGUAAUUUACAAAAUGAGAUACGCGAAGAUGUUAAAUCCAAAGUACAGAGGCAUCUGCGCCCAUUAAGAGAGGCUUCACCGGAAGAACACAGUGAAAAUGAAAGAAGUGGCGAGCCAGCAACUGACUUUAAAGGGCCAGAGGACAAUACACAGAACAGUAGGCAUUGUGUUGGCAGACCAAAGAAAUUAACAAGAAAAAAGGAAAAAUUGUAUUGUAUUUGUCGUACUCCAUAUGAUGACACAAAGUUUUACGUGGGGUGUGACUUAUGCAGCAAUUGGUUCCAUGGAGAUUGUGUCAGUAUUACCGAAGAAGCUUCAAAAAAACUUUCGGAAUUCAUUUGCAUUGAUUGCAAAAAGGCAAGAGAGACUCAGCAACUUUAUUGCAGCUGUCGUCAGCCAUACGACGAAUCACAGUUUUACAUAUGCUGUGAUAAAUGCCAGGAUUGGUUUCACGGACGUUGCGUAGGAAUACUUCAGAGUGAAGCUGAGUUUAUAGAUGAAUACGUGUGCCCUGAAUGCCAGCGGAAAACAGAUGCAAACGCAGCAAAUAUGAAAAAGCUUGCCCCAAAUGAAAUUGAAGAGCUAAAAACCCUAAUCAAACAAAUACAGUUACACAAAAGUGCUUGGCCUUUUAUGGAACCGGUUGAUCCGAAGGAAGCACCAGACUAUUACAAAGUUAUUAAAGAGCCCAUGGAUCUCAAACGGAUGGAAACCAAACUCGAAUUAAACACUUACACAAAACUAGCAGAGUUUAUUGGAGAUAUGACAAAAAUCUUUGACAACUGCCGUUACUAUAACCCCAAAGAUUCAUCCUUUUAUAAAUGUGCUGAGGCACUAGAGUCCUACUUUGUUCAAAAAAUUAAAAACUUUCGGGAUAAUGUUUUUGGUCAAAGUAGAUAAGAGACCAUAGCAAGGCUUAACACUUCCAGAGAAUGAUUGUAGUUUGUAAAUGACACAUUCAACGAUUUGAAAAACAUGUUUAUUUUAUGUGUUUUUAUUUUUCAAUAAAAUGUUACAUAUAUAAUUUAUUAUAAGAGAUAAUCUAUGUACAUAUUACAAGAGCCUAAAAUAUCUGUAUUAUAAAUCAAUAUGCAAAUAAAUGUCAUGUUUACCGGACGUUCGAAAAGUAAAAUAACUACACUAAGCUAAUCCUUUGUACAGAACAUUCAAAUGUAAAUAAGCACCUUAUCUAUGUGUUUUGAUAAUAUCCCUAUUAGAUUAGAUUUAGAUUUUAACAAAAGCAUAUGUAACUUGUAAACAGGCUUAAACAUGAACUCGUGAUAAGCCUUUUCUUGACUUAUGAUGGAGAUCAAUAUUUAAAUAAAUAACUAGCUGUAAAGAUAAA